CCCUCCGACGAAAAGAGUGAGAGGACUUCGUACGAUAUCGUAUUCCACGGGGUCGGUUGGGAUGAAAAUGUGUCCGCGUCAGACACAAGCUUCAGAAAACCUCCAAAUAAAUCAAUUAUUGGGCACGUUUCCGGAAUGAAUCCAGGAUACGGUCUCACUUGCAUUUGCGUUACCAUGUCAGCAAUCGUCUUACUAACGGAACCGGAAAACAUGCCAUAUGAGGGAGGAGUUUAUACACCAGGAGUAGCAUUUGCAAGAACAAGUCUGGUUAAACAACUAAACGAAAAUGGUGUUACUUUUGAGAUUAAGUCAAAAAUGUAAAAGGUACGCAUAUGUGACUCAAAGAUUGUGAUCCACUUGAUGGGGUUUGUGUGUCCCGAAAUCUCCGAGAUAUAUAAAUGUGCAAUAAACUAUUUUAUUGGCA